UCUUCAGGGCGUGGAAAUCUACACCACCAGUAACUGCUUGCACUUUGUGUCCCGAGUGUGCACCCAGGUCCCCACUGACUCCUGCCGGCAGGUCCUGCCUGGAGAUGAGGUUGUUCAGAUCAACGAGCAGGUGGUGGUGGGCUGGCCCCACAAGAACAUGCUGAGGGAGCUGCUACGGGAGCCAGCCGGGGUCAGCUUAGUGCUGAAGAAGAUCCCUGUGCCAGAGACACCCCCCCAGACGCCUUUGGACUCCCCACACCUGAGAAGCCAGUCGCUGGCUCUGGCCCCACUGUCUCCCAGAGUCCCAUCUGAAGACGUCUUUGCCUUUGACCUGACUUCAGACCCAAGUCCUGAGCCCACCACUGCCUGGACAGAUUCUACCUCCCUUGACCCUGAGCCCCUGCCCAGCCCCCCUGCCCUCCCAGCAGGAAUAGCAGAGACUGCAGGCCCCUCGGGACACCCUGACAAGAGUCCUGUCCUUGGUCGGAAGAAAUCAAAAGGGGUGGCGACGAGGCUGAGCCGCCGGCGGGUGUCCUGCCGGGAGCUGGGCCAGCCAGACUGUGAUGGCUGGCUCCUGCUGCGCAAGGCCCCUGGCGGCUUCAUGGGCCCACGCUGGCGCCGCUGCUGGUUUGUGCUUAAGGGACACAUGCUCUACUGGUACCAGCAGCCCCAGGAUGAAAAGGCUCAGGGCCUCAUCAAUGUAUCUAACUAUAGCCUGGAAAGUGGACACGAUCAGAAGAAAAAAUAUGUGUUCCAGCUCACCCAUGACGUGUACAAACCCUUUGUCUUUGCUGCUGACACCCUGUCUGAUCUGAGCCUGUGGGUACGCCAUCUCAUUACCUGCAUUUCCAAGUAUCAGUCCCCAGGAAGGGCCCCCUCAGCCCGAGAGGAAGACUGCUACAGUGAGACAGAAGCAGAAGACCCUGAUGAUGAGACUGCGUCCCGCUCAGCCUCGCCCAGCCCAUCUCAAACUGGGAGUCCACUCCAUGGAGACAUAUCACCUGCUGCCUCCCCGACACAGCGCAGCCCCAGGACCUCCCUCGGCCCUCCAGCAGACAGCAGUGAAGGGGCACUGGAAGGAAUGGUAUGGGGACUAAGGCAGGGUGGCGUGUCCCUGCUGGGGCAGCCACAGCCCCUGACCCAUGAGCAGUGGCGGAGCUCUUUCAUGCGGCGCAACCGAGACCCCCACCUCAAUGAGCGAGUGCACCGUGUGCGGGCUCUACAGAGCACACUCAAGGCAAAACUGCAGGAACUGCAGGCCCUGGAGGAGGUGCUGAGUGACCCCGAGCUGACGGGAGAGAAAUUCCGCCGGUGGAAGGAGAAGAACCAGGAGCUGUACUCAGAGGGGCUGGGGGCCUGGGGGUUGGUGCAGGCUGAGAGCAGCCCCCAAGCUCUGACCUCUGACUCCAGAGCACAGUCCCCCCAACCCCUGUCCUCUGACCCUGAGGAGCCCUCCCAUCUUUGCUCCUUGACCCAGAGAGCAACCUCUGACCUCCUGACCUCUGACCCUGGCCAGAACCCCAGUUCCUAACCUUUGGCCCUGAGGACCACCUCACCCCUACUGCUGACAUGUCGACAGAGCUUUCUGGGUUCUUUUCAAGGCUAGAAGCAGUGCUAGGCAUGGUCUCUCGCCAAGCUGACCCCUCUGCCUAGGCCUCCACCAUUUCUGCUCCUGUCUCCCCUGAGUCGGGGGAAGUGAGCUUUGUGUCACCUCCUCCCUUCGAAGAAGAAACUCUCCUCCAUAUUCAGGCCUGAGGGGCACAGUCUACUCGACCCCUUUCCCUCAGCAGGGCACCCUUCCUGAUGCCAGGUCUGGA